ACCAUUGUUUUUUUCUGGACUAGUUAUAAAAGAAAAAAAAUGAUCACCAGCCGGUGUCUCCGGUAUGUCAACUGUUUGCCUUUACUGGUCCUGUUGCCUUGCUCUGUGGUCCAUGGUGGCUCUGAGACCACCAGUGUGGAUUAUUACAAUGCCAUUGUCAAUGUGACAGCGCAGGAGCCAGGCAGCAAAUCCGCGCUGAACGGUGGGCGCUACGGGCUGGACUCCCCCGUAACUGAAGCCAAAGGGAUCGUUGUGACCCCCGUCAACCUUCAAGGAGCUCCAGAUCGACAAGGUUGUGACUCUCAUAUUCGUUUUCCUGUGCCUCCCAACACCAAGCACUGGAUUGCACUUCUACAGCGUGGAAACUGCACCUUUAAAGAAAAGAUCCUUCGUGCCGCAUCCCACAAUGCCACAGCCGUGGUCAUCUACAACAACAAUUCUAAUGAAGAUACUGUGACAAUGACUCACCCAGGAACAGGUGACAUCGUUGCCAUCAUGAUCUCGGAGUCCACAGGACGGGAAAUCUUGAAUUACGUUGAAAGGAACAUCUCUGUCCUCAUGGCUAUUGCGGUUGGAUCACGUAGCCCAAACAGGAGCUUUAGUCGCGGGUCUUUGGUCUUCGUCUCAAUCUCAUUCAUCGUUUUGAUGAUCAUAUCUUCGGCUUGGUUAAUAUUUUACUUCAUACAGAAGAUCAGAUACACAAGUGCCCGAGAUCGAAAUCAGCGACGGCUUGGAGAUGCAGCUAAGAAGGCCAUCGGCAAACUCACAACGAGGACGGUCAGGAAAGGAGAUAAGGAAACAGACCCGGAUUUUGACCACUGUGCCGUCUGCAUCGAGAGUUACAAGCAAAAUGACAUUGUACGUGUGCUGCCAUGCAAACAUGUUUUCCACAAGGUGUGCGUGGAUCCGUGGCUCAGCGAGCACUGCACCUGCCCAAUGUGCAAGUUGAAUAUUUUAAAGGCUUUGGGAAUAGUGACUAAUGUGCCAUGCAGCGAGAAUGUAGCAUUCGAUGUAGAGCGACUCACCAGAAGUCAGCCAAGCACACGAGGAUCUGCACCAAGUGACCCAGUGGACGAGGGAUCGCUGAUUCUGGAAUCACUGCGCUCAUCGUCAAUAUCUCAGCUCCCGCUCGAAGGAGAGAUCACUCCAAGGACUGGAGAAAUCAACAUAGCUGUGACAAGUAGCCUCUUCUUCCAUCGAAAUUCGCUGUCCCCGCGGAGCAUUGGCUACGACACAGAGCUGUCCACCAUUGAACCCUCUCUUGACAUCUAUGAUGAGAACAAAACCUGAGCCAUCUUCUUCACCAGCCAUUCUAUCCGCAGCCCCUCUACCUCUUCCUGUAUUUCCUUACACCCUAUCUAAUCUCCCCAUUGUACGUUGACAACUCGUGCUGCCCUGUCGUGUGUCUGUGUCUGAACUGAAGAGUCGAACAAUACAAAGCACAGUAUCCCAUCCCCUUCUGCCAAUGGAACAGCUGCUGCAUCAUGGACUGCGAGCACUGGAGGAAGCACAAAGGAGGACAAGCAAGCCUGAUGCUGUCCACUUCUAUAUCUUCUGCUAUCAGUGUGUAAGAACUCCUAAGGAAUACCUUUAGUGAUAUUUUUACUACAGUAGAACAGAAACUGCUGCCAAACCUCUGAGUAAGGUUCCAUGGUUGGCUACGUGUCUCAUUACUUGCUAUCAGUGGAUAAACAAA